AUGUUCCUGUUUUUCUUCCUCAUCAUAACUUGUGCCCGAGCACAGUCUGUGAACCAGGACACUGGUCCUGAGUUUGCUGAUGUUGUGUUCCUGGUGGAUAGCUCUGAUCAUCUGGGGAGUAAGUUCUUCCCCUUUGUGAAAACCUUCAUAACCAAGAUAAUCAACAGUCUGCCCAUUGAAGCCAACAAGUUCCGUAUUGCCCUUGCCCAGUACAGUGAUGAUCUACACCAGGAGUUCCUGCUGAGCCCCUUCAUGACCAAGAGUGCUAUGGUGAACCACCUCAAGAGGAAUUUCACCUACCUUGGGGGGUCUUUGCGGAUAGGCAAUGCUCUCGAGAAAGUUCAUAAGACCUACUUCACUGGGCCAGUGAAUGGAAGAGACAAGAACCAGUUUCCCCAGAUUCUGGUAGUGUUGGCUUCAGCCCACUCUGAGGAUGACGUGGAGGGGCCAGCAAAGGCUUUGCAGAGAGACGGGGUGAAAAUCGUCUCACUGGGGAUGCAGAAUGCUUCAGAAGAAAACCUCAAAGCCAUGGCCACAUCUCAGUUUCAUUACAACCUCAGAACAGUAAGAGAUGUGGGUACAUUUUCCACAAAUAUGACCAGCAUCAUUAAGGAGGUGGUAAAGUAUGAGGGGCAAGCAGAUGACACUGAUAGGGAAGUUUGUCACGGCACUUCUGUGGCUGACGUCGUCUUUCUCCUGGAUGAGUUUGCCAAUGGCACUCAGGAAAACUUGGAGCAUCUUAAAGAAUUCCUAGAAGAGAGUGUGGCCUCUUUUGAUGUGAAAGAGAACUGUAUGAGGAUUGGACUGGUGACCUACAGCAACGAGACGAAGGUGAUACGUUCCCUGGCCACUGGGAUCAACAAGUCGGAGAUUCUGCAAGAGAUACAGAACCUGUCUCCCGGGGCUGGGAAAGCCUAUGCUGGAGCUGCCAUCACAAAGAUCAGGAAGGAGGUCUUCAGUGUCCACAGUGGCAGCCGGAAGAUGCAGGGGGUUCCCCAGAUAGCCAUUCUGGUCACUCAUAGACCGUCAGAAGAUAACGUCUCUGUACCUGCGGUUGACCUUCGGCGUGAGGGUGUGACUGUGUUCACUGUGGGCCUGGAAGGCUCUGAUUAUACCCAGUUAGGACAGAUAUCAUCUUAUCCUCCAGAAAAGUAUAUUUCCAAGUUGAAAACAUUUUCAGACCUGGCGGCCCAUAAUCAGACAUUUCAGAAGAAACUCAGGAGUGAAAUCCAGCACAAGGUAUCCAUUCUGUCGGAACGGACCGAACACCUCAAGGCUGGUUGUGUGGAAACAGAAGAAGCUGACAUCUAUUUACUCAUUGAUGGCUCGGGAAGUAUCCACCCAACAGACUUCCAGGAAAUGAAAAAGUUUUUGUCAGAAGUGAUAGGAAUGCUCAACAUAGCACCUUAUAAAGUCAGAGUUGGAGCUGUUCAGUAUUCAGACAGGUGGGAACUGGAAUUCGAGAUUAACAAAUAUUCAAACAAAAAUGAUUUGGGGAAGGCUAUUGACAACAUACGGCAAAUGGGCGGCAACACCAACACUGGUGCAGCCCUGGAUUUCACUUUUGGGCUCCUACAAAAAGCAAAGAGACAACGAGGGAACAAGGUGCCUUGUCACCUGAUUGUCCUGACAGAUGGCUUGUCAGAUGACAGUGUCAAGGAACCCUCCAAAAAACUGCAUGCUGAGAACAUCAAUGUGUUUGCCAUUGGCAUUAAGGAGGCAAACCGAACCCAACUGCUAGAAAUUGCUGGAUCAGAAAAGAAUGUUUACUAUGUAUACAACUUUGAUUCUUUGAAAGACAUAAAAAAUCAAGUCGUUCAAGGAAUCUGUUCAGAAGAAGCUUGUAAAGAUAUGAGAGCCGAUAUCAUGUUUCUAGUGGAUAGUUCUGGGAGUAUAGGACUCGAAAACUUUGCUAAAAUGAAAACAUUUAUGAAGAACCUGGUGAGCAAGUCUCAGAUUGGAGCAGACCAAGUGCAAAUUGGUGUCGUCCAGUUCAGUGAUGUGAACAAGGAAGAGUUUCAGCUCAAUAAGUAUAGGACGGAACGGGAGAUUUCCGAUGCAAUAGAUAGGAUGCCUCACAUAGGCCAGACCACCCUGACAGGAAGUGCUCUGAGCUUCGUUGCUGACUACUUCCACCCCUCCAAGGGGGCACGUCCCAAUGUCCGAAAGUUUCUCAUCCUCAUCACAGAUGGCGAGGCACAGGACCUGGUCAAGGACCCAGCUGUGGCUCUUCGGCAAGAUGGCAUAAUUAUCUACUCUGUGGGCGUGUAUGGCUCCAAUGAGAGUCAGCUGGUGGAGAUCAGUGGGAGGUCCGAUAUGGUUUUUUAUGUGGAGAAUUUUGACAUUCUUGAGCACAUAGAAGACGACCUCAUUUUUGGCAUAUGUAGCCCCUGGGAAGAAUGCAAACAGAUAGAAGUUUUAGAUGUGGUAUUCGUCAUUGAUAGCUCCGGCAGCAUAGAUAAUGAUGAGUAUAACAUCAUGAAGGAGUUCAUGAUCAAGCUGGUGAAGAAAGCUGAUGUUGGCCAAAACCGAGUUCGGUUUGGGGCCCUGAAGUACUCCGAUGACCCUGAGAUGCUCUUCUAUCUUAACGACCAUGACACAAAGUCCGAGGUCAUUAAAGUUCUCCAGGAUGAUUCCCCUAAAGGAGGAAACACAUACACAGCCAAAGCCUUGGCCUUCUCAGAAGACAUGUUCACUGAGGCCCGGGGCAGCCGCAUACACAAGAGAGUCCCCCAGGUCCUCAUCGUGAUCACAGAUGGAGAAUCCCACGAUUCGACCAAACUCAACGAAACGGCCAAGGCCUUAAGGGACAAAGGCAUUCUCAUCCUGGCUGUUGGGAUUGCGGGAGCCAAUGUCAAAGAGCUUUUGGCCAUGGCAGGCUCGGAUGAUAAGUAUUUCUUCGUAGAGACCUUUGGGGGCCUGAAGGGCAUUUUCUCAAAUGUGUCAAACAGUAUCUGUGGCCCUUCAAAAAUAGAAUGUGAAAUUGAAAAGGCAGAUCUUGUUUUCCUCAUUGACGGUUCUAACAGCAUACAGCCACAUAACUUCAAGAAGAUGAAGGAUUUUUUAGUGUCCGUAGUAGAUGAUUUUGACAUCAGGCCUAGCAAAGUGCACGUUGGGCUGGCUCAGUUCAGUCAUACCUACAGGCCCGAAUUUACUCUGGGGUCAUUCAGAACUGAAGAAGAAGUUUCCACUCGAAUUGAAAUGACCGAACAGAUCUUUGGAAAUACCCAUAUUGGAGCUGCACUGAGGCAAGUGGACCAAUAUUUCCGACCAGAGAUGGGCAGUCGAAUAAAUAUGGGCACUCAGCAAGUAUUACUGGUCCUCACUGAUGGGCAGUCCCAAGAUGAUGUGGCCAAAGAUGCUGAAUACCUCAGAAGGAAAGGAAUUGAUAUAUACUCUCUGGGCAUUGGGGACGUGGAUGAACAGCAGCUCAUUCAGAUAACCGGGACGUCGGACAAAAAGCUAACAGUUGAUAACUUUGAUGAACUGAAAAAGAUCAAAAAAAGAAUAGUCCGUAACAUCUGCACAUCAGGCGGGGAAAGCAGCUGUUUCGUGGAUGUUGUUGUUGGCUUUGACAUCUCAUCUCAGAAGAAAGGGCAGCCAUUGUUCCAAGGUCAGGCUUGGAUGAACACUUAUCUUCAGAAUGUGUUACAUACCAUCAGCUCCCUAAAUGGGGUGAGCUGUGAGGUGGGAUCCCAGACUCAGGUCAGUGUGGCCUUUCAAGUGACAAACGCUGUGGAUAAAUAUUCCCCAAAGUUUGAGAUUUACAGUGAAAACAUCUUGAACACCUUGAAGAACAUAUCCAUUAAGGAGCCAUCCCGCCUCACUGCCCCUUUCUUGAAUUCACUUUGGGAUGCCUUUCAGAAUAAAUCUGCUACUCGGGGAAAGGUGCUACUAUUAUUUUCAGAUGGCUUGGAUGAUGACAUUGAAAUACUUGAACAAAAAUCUGAUCAACUCCGAAAAGAAGGGCUCAACGCUUUGAUAACCAUUGCUCUGGAAGAAACUUCUGAUGCAAAUGACCUAGCAGACCUUCUGUUCAUUGAAUUUGGGAAAGGAUUUGAUUAUAGGACUCAGUUAACAAUUGGCAUGAGAGAUCUGGGAAGCAGGCUAUCAAAUUAUCUGGCUAAUGUUGCUGAAAGGACAUGUUGCUGUCGGCUUUGCAAGUGUGCAGGGGGAGAUGGUGGCAUUGGAGAACCAGGAACACCAGGGAAAAAGGGACCUCCAGGUUUUAAAGGCAGUGAAGGCUACCUGGGAGAAGAAGGUGUUCCCGGAGAAAGAGGAUCCCCUGGACCAAUGGGAGAAGGAGGCACGAAAGGAUGCUAUGGGAGCAAAGGUCCCAAGGGAAACAGGGGACUCAGUGGAGAAGAGGGAGAAGUUGGGGAACUUGGGAUUGAUGGAAUCAAUGGAGAACAGGGUGAAGGCGGCCUUCCUGGAACAAAAGGAGAGAAAGGAGAUGAAGGUUCCCAGGGCAGCCCUGGAAAGAAAGGACCACUGGGUGACAACGGCAAAAGGGGAUUGCGAGGAGAUCCUGGCAACCCUGGAUCAGACAAUAACAGAGACGGACCCGUGGGCCCAAAAGGAGAAAGAGGAAGACAAGGUAAAAGAGGACAACGAAUACCAGGGUCUCCAGGCUCCCGAGGAGACACACCAAGGCAUGGCCGAAGAGGACCAAGAGGCCCGCAGGGAAUAAAUGGAAUUUCUGGUCUGGAUGGUCUUGAAGGACCAUUGGGAUUAAAAGGACCCCAGGGUCCAAGAGGGGAUCCUGCAUGAAAAGGAACACGAGGACAUCUAGGAAGUAAAGGCCCCCGGUAAGGUCCUCCAGGACCAAAUGGUGUUAAAGGGAGUCCUGGCAGCUUGGGGAGCAGAGGAAAUAAAGGAGAGCCGGGGUCUCCAGGAGAGAAAGGAGCAGCUGGAUUGUCUGGUUAUCGUGGAAUGCCGGGAGAAGACGGAAGUGCAGGAUAUGGCAGAAGCGGAAGGAAAGGAGAAAAGGGACAGGAAGGAUUCCCGGGAGAGAUUGGACCAAAGGGGAAGUUGGUGAUCCUGGGCAUUCCAGGAGAAGUUGGGCCAAAGGGAUAUAAAGGAAGAACGGGUUCUUCAGGACCCCCUGGGGAACAGGGAUCUCCCGGAUCCCAAGGACCUCCAGGACAGAAGGGACCACCAGGAAUCGCAAACUUCUGGACCUUGUGGUCUACCUGUGACCUCAUUCAGUUUGUACGGGACCACAGCCCUGGCUGGAAGGGAAAGCCAGAAUGUCCUAUUCAUCCUACUGAGUUAGUAUUUGCUUUGGAUCUGUCUCGGGAAGUCACGGAGGAGGCGUUUGACCGAAUGAAGGAGAUGACCAUCGCAAUCCUGAAUGACCUCAAAAUCAGGGAAAGCAACUGCCCGGUGGGAGCAAGAGUCGCUAUCAUCUCCUACAAUUCGAACACCCGGCAUCUCCUCCGCCUCUCUGACUCCCGCAACAAGAGCCAGCUGCUCAGAGAGAUUAAGGCCCUCCGCUUCGAAACCUCCUCAGGGGACCGGGAGAUCGGCAAGACCAUGAGGUUUGUGGCCAGGAAUGUCUUUAAGAGAAACCUCCCGGGGACCAACACAAGGAGGAUCCCGCCCACUAUUUUCAGCAAUGGCCAGUGUGACCCAUCGGCCAUCGUUACUGCCACCAUGGAGUUCAACGCUCCUGGACGUCACUUCCCAGUGGUGAUAGCUUUUAACAACGUGCCUUCGGUCAAGCGUGCUUUUGCCUGGUAAGGACGAAUUGACGACACUGGUGCUUUUCAGGUGCUAACUAUCCCACCGAGGGCUGACUACAGGCCAAUGUUGAAGAGGCUCCAACAGUGUACAUUCUGCUACGACAACUGCAAGCCAGAAGUGUCUUGUGAGCAGGCUAAACCUCCAGCAGUCCCCGCUUACAUAGAUGCAGCCUUCCUCUUCCAAGGCUCUCGAGAUGUGGGACGUGCAGAGUUCGAGGAUGCGAAGGCUUUUCUGAGAGCAAUGCUGGAUAACUUUGAUGUUGCCUUUGAACCAGAGACCUCCUCUGUCGGAGACCGGGUUGCACUACUGAGCCAUGCUCCUCCAGGCUUUGUACCCAAUACUCGGUCAAGCCCAGUCAGGACAGAGUUCAAUUUCACCACCUACAAUAAUAAACGCCUGAUGAAGAGACACGUCGAGGAGUCAGUUCAGCAGCUGAAUGGUGAAGCUUUCUUGGGUCAUGCCUUGCAAUGGACAGUGGAUAAUAUCUUCCCGGGCACCCCCAACCUGAGAAAAAACAAAGUCAUUUUUGUGGUGUCUGCUGGAGAAACGAGUUAUUUGGAUAAGAAGGUCCUUAAGAGAGAAUCUCUGCGGGCCAAAUGUCAAGGCUACGCCAUAUUUGUGUUCUCUUUUGGCCUAAUGCACAAUGAUGAGGAGCUAGAAGAAUUAGCCAGCCACCCCCUCGAUCACCACUUGGUCCAACUUGGCCGAAUUCACAAACCAGACCACGGAUACGGGGUGAAGUUUGCGAAGUCCUUUCUCAACUCUGUCAGACGUGCAAUCAACAAGUAUCCACCAAUAAACUUCAAAGCAAAAUGCAGUAAAGUCAACCUUGUAGAACCACAGCAGCCUUCCAAACGGUCAAGCCACCUCCUUGCCCGAGCUGGACUACUCGAAGCGAAGUUUCUGUCCAAAAAACCUCUCUCAAGAGUAGUGCGGGGUAAUGCUCUUUGGAACACUAAUGGUUAUACCAGGAAUACAUCCCAUCCCCUUAAAACUGGGAACAAAAUGCCACGUGUUGUCUCCAAGCCUCAUCUUUAA